AUGGAUCCAGAAGGUUUUCAAAGGAUCCUCAGACCUAUCAGAGUUAGGAACUCACCAGUUGUUCCAACUCACACAACUAAUACAUUUCAGCUUUUAGAGGUUGAGGUGCAGAGGGAAGGUGAUGUCAGUGUUCGAUUGGAUAAUUUGGUGGAAGUAGAGAAUGAGAGUAAUGCUAGUGUUUUAUGGAGUGUUCUAAGCACUUUGAAUGUUCAAAGUCCUUGGAUUAUCUGUGGGGAUUUUAACUGUGUCAUAGUAGUUAAUGAAAGAAUUGGUGCUCCUGUUAGGCAUAUGGAAAUUGUUGAUAUCAAUAACUAUAUGCAUGGGUGUGGGAUGGAGGAUGUCAAAUGUGUGGGGAAUCUCUACACUUGGAAUAAUAAACAACAAGGGGCUGACAGAGUUUUUUCAAAGCUUAAUAGAAUUCUUGCCAAUGCUGCUUGGCAAGAUUGCUAUCCUUCUGCAGAAGCUUGGGUUAAUGGAGGGAGGAAGCCAUUUAAAUACUUUACAAUGUGGAAAUCAUCUCGUAGUUUCAAUGCAAUUGUGACUGAUGCUUGGAAUACUCACAUAAAUGGUAGUAAAAUGUUCUGUGUGGUGACUAAACUUACGAAGGUUAAGUUUUCUCUUAAGGAGCUCAAUAAAAAUGGCUUCUCAGAUAUUUGGAAUUACAGGCCAUCCAUGAUUAUAGGGUUAAACACAAGAUAUAUCUUGAAUUUUUUGAGUCAGAAAGCUAAGCUGGCUUGGAUUAAAGCUGGUGAUGAGAAUACAGCCCUAUUUCAUCAAAGUAUAAGAAGCAGACAAGUACAGAACCAGAUUUAUAGCAUCCAUGAUAUGAGAGGAGAUUGGAAAGAUCAGUCUGCAGAUGUUUCAGAAGUUUUCUUGAAUUAUUACAAGAUGUUACUGGGGAGUGUUCAUGAAGACAAAACUCCUAUUAUCACACAGGUAGUUCAUACUGGUCCUGUGUGUCAAGAUUAUCAUAAGACAAUCCUUAUUGCUCGUUAUACUGCUGAAGAGGUGAAAGCAGCUCUUUUUUCUAUUCCUGGUAUCAGGGCACCAAGCCCAGAUGGUUUUGGCUCCUUUUUCUACAAAAAUGCUUGCCAUGUAGCUAGAAGUGAGGUGAUUGAGGCAGUUUUGAAUGUGCUGAGGAAUGGCAAAUUGCUGAAAGAGGUGAAUCACACAGUUGUCACACUGAUUCCAAAAACCAAAUGUCCUAAGAAUGUUAGUGAUUUUAGGCCUAUUUCUUGCUGUAACACAAUUUACAAAUGCAUCACUAAAGUUCUAUGUGGUAGGUUGAGACAAAUCCUUCCUGAUCUUAUUUUGGAGAAUCAAGGGGGUUGUGUUCAUGGCAGAUACAUUGUUCACAACAUUAUGGUUGUACAGGACCUUGUGAGGCAUUAUGGAAGGAAGGGUGUGAAACCUAGUUGUUUAAUGAAGAUUGAUUUGCAAAAAGCAUAUGACACAGUGGAUUGGUCCUUUUUAAAAGAGAUGAUGGUUGCUCUCGAUUUUCCUAAGCAAUUUGUGGAUCUAGUGAUGGAGUGUGUUACCACACUAAUGUUCUCUCUUAUCAUUAAUGGAUCCAUGCAUGGGUUUUUCAAAUCCCAGAGAGGCUUGAGGCAAGGUGAAUUUCCUUCCAUUUAUCUUAUCUUGCAAACUUUCAAGUUGUUUUUUGACUUCUCUGGAUUGAAAGCUAAUAUUAAGAAAUCCUCCAUAUUCUGUCAUGGCAUGGUGGAAAGUGAAGUUCAAAGAGUGGUGGAGACUUCUGGUUUCACCAGAAGUAGUCUACCUUUCAAAUAUCUUAGUGUGCCCAUUUGCUCAAAAAGAAUUUCUACUGCUCAAUGUGGGGUUUGGAUUUUUGUUCUUCCUAAGAGUGUGCUGCAGAUUAUUUUUAAGAUUUGUAGGGCUUUUCUUUGGAGUGGACAAGCUUUUAGUCAUAGGCCUUGCAAUAUCUCUUGGGAUAACAUCUGUUGUGAUAAGAAAUCUGGUUGUUUAGGCUUCAGAGAUGUCUCUUUGUGGAAUGUUGCCAAUCUAGGCAAAUAUGUUUGGGCUUUGGUUACCAAACAGGAUAAUGUUUGGAUCAAGUGGGUUACUUCAGUGUAUUUAAAGAAUGGGGAUUGGUGGGAAUACCAACCUAGCAAUUCUGCUAGUUGGUAUUGGAAGCAGAUUUGUAAUACAAAGGAGAGAUUGAAAUCAGUUUACACUAAAGCAGAGUUGGAGGCAAUGUCUCACUACUCAGUGAAGCAAGUAUAUCAAAAGUUAACUAGUGACAGACCCAAGGUGCAUUGGGAUAAACUUGUGUGGAACAGGCUUAGCACUCCAAAACACAGAUUUAUUGCUUGUUCCGCUAGUUGCCUUAUUUGUGGUCAAGGUGAUGAGACUCGCCAUCAUCUAUUCUUUGAUUGCUCUUAUAGUAGGCAAUGCCUUGCAGAGAUGAAAACAUGGCUGGAUAUUAGAAAUGUAACAACUUGUCUUCAUCUUCUAUACAAAAUCAUCAUACAUGGCAGAAACUCAAAGUUUAGGAAGCAGGUUUAUCUUGCUGCUAUUGUGGCAAUUAUGUAUCUUAUCUGGAAAUGCAUGAACUCUGUGUAUUGGGAUUGUUGUAUCCCUACUGUCAAGAGUACUAUAGGUGCUUUAAAGUAA